AUGAGCACUGAUAAAUGCUCGGAUACGAGAUCUCAAACAAAUUCUAUGUCAACCGAAAUAGAAAUCAAUGAACCAACCAACUACCAGGGUACAGUAAUUAACAAAAAGCCUAGGUCUCCGCUCAGGAACUCCAGAUCACAAAGCAGGGAAUCCAGAUACCCUAACAAUACGACUAGUUUACACCGCAGGGUGUCCACAUCACCCUGCAUGGAGGUCGAACAUCUCUGCAGGAAAUCCAGAUCACCCUACAUGAAAUCUAGAUCACCCAACAAGGAAACCAAUUCACCCUGCAAGGAGACGCGAUCACCCCGCAGGCAAUCUAGGUCGUCCUCGAGCAGCUCUUCAAGUUCAUCAUCAUCAGGCACCACUAAUUCGACUUCCUCCAGCUCAGUUUGUUCAAGCUCAGCUUCUACUUACGAUAAUGCAGACCAAUGCAAGAUAUCAAGUACCAAUAAAACUGUCAAAGAAGAGAAUGCAGGUCAAGUAAAAAAACUUGUCCUUACUGAAGAAAAAUGUGAAAGUUACACAGAACCGAGACCAAAACUAUCGAAUGAUGCCGAAUUUGAGAGUGAUGAAAUAAUAGAAAAUACACCUCCACGUAUUAUAAAAAAAUCAACUACGAACAAGGACAAAGUCGCACGUACGCCUGGACAUGCCAUAACCAAAAACUUGGUUUCAUAUUCUGAUUCUUCUUCUGAAGAUUCAGACGAUAACACUCAACAGCCAAAAAAUCGGAACAAGACUGAUCUUUCUAACAAAGAGCCUAACUUUGUUGCGUCGGGUUCCACACCACUCCUGGAAGUUGCAAAUCGAACUAGCCCUCAAGUUGAUUUUAACUCUACGCCAAAAUAUGCGAUUUCCCCUAUAUACACAGAUGAGAGUGACGUUGAUCUGAGUGAUGAUGAUCCUACCUAUGUACAUACGACUAACUACGGAAAUAAACAAAAGAACUUUUUUAUUUCGUCGCCAUCCAGGUCUUUAUCAAGUUCCUGCGAUUCUGAUGUUUCAAAUAAAGAAGUGAAAAGAGGUCGAAAACGAAUAAGAGAUUCUUCAAAAUGGAAGCAGAACAAGGCCAAACGACUUCGUAACAGCGGUCAACCUUACACCUCCGUAUCUAAGAAAGAGAAAAGGGUUCCAGGUCGCUGUCUUCAACCGCCAUGUACCGAGAAAUGCAAACUUAAAUGCUCCAAUAUAAUAAGUACGGACACUAGAUAUGAGUUAUUUACAUUCUAUUGGAAUUUGAGUGACUUGUACCAGCAAAGGGCUUUCAUUAAAUCAUCCAUGGUGGAUAUCAAACCAAGGUACCAAUAUACUAAUGCAGAAAAUCCCCGAAAGCCAAAUAAAGCAUAUUAUUUUACUAUUGAUAACCGACCAAUCAGAGUUUGUAAAACUUUUUUCAAAGCCACAUUGAACAUUUCGGACCGAAUGAUAUUCACUACACAGCAAAAAACUAAUAACAAUAACUUUUUAGAAGAAGAAUUACGCGGAAAGCAUGGAAAUCACAAGAAACUUAAUCCAGAUUUAAUAAAAGACAUCAGAGAACACAUAAACUCCAUCCCUCGAAUGGAAUCGCAUUAUGUAAGAGCUACUACCUCAAAAGAAUAUAUAGAUGGGGGAAAAACAAUCAAAGAUCUUUAUGAUGAUUUUAAACAAAUACAAACUCAGAACAAAAAGGACAUAGGAAAUUACAUGAACUAUUACAACAUAUUUACAAAGGAGUUCAACAUAUCUUUUUUUCAGCCUAAAAAAGAUAUGUGCGAUAUGUGUUUGUCUUACGAGAAUUCAACUGCUGAUCAGAAAAGAGAGUUAAAAGAAAAAUACGACCAACAUCACGAAGAAAAGGUACUAAGCAGGAAUGAAAAGAAGUCAGACCGAGAAAAUAUUACUGAUAAUAACAAAGUCGUCAUUUAUGAUUUGCAAGCUGUGUUACAGUGCCCACGUGGUGACUCGUCAGCGUUCUAUUACAAGUCUAAACUCAAUAGUUACAACCUGACUGUUACUGAGUUGUCCAAACCAGAUAAAAAAGGCUCCUAUGACAAUGUACACAGCUAUUUUUGGACUGAAUCUGAUGCAAAGCGUGGGGCUAUUGAAAUAGAAAAAAAGAGGGAGGCUUCUUGUAUAGAAGAACCUAGACGUCUUCUGCCUGAUGGUGUUGAAAAUAAUGUUCUAGAAGUAUCAAACAUAAUGAGGAUAUGGUGCAUGGUUGCACAAAAACGUAAAUACUGA